GUUACAAUUCCCGAGUAAUGCUCGCUUGUAUUGUAGGUUGGUGCUUGGCAAUAUAAAGGCGUGGAAAUAGCCGGCAAAGCUACUUAUGAUUGUGUUGAAAAUGCUGGGAGAGAAAAAGCAAUUAAUUGUGAAACGGGACCUUUACACAGACCCCACGUUUCCAGCCAAUGAUGCCUCUAUAUUUUUUAAUUAUUGUACCCCGCUUGCCCAAUUCAGAGGCGAGAUAUCUUGGUUGAGACCUACGGACAUUUGUUCUACUCCUCGGUUAUUUUCAAACAAUCCACAGGAUGUGCAAGUGAAACAAGGGAUUUUGGGAGACUGUUGGUUCCUGUGUGCCUGUGUAGCUUUGCAGAAGAGUAAAUACCUACUGAAUAAGGUAAUCCCUCCAGGUCAGCCUAGCUGGGCAGAUGAGUCGUACCAAGGCUGUUUCACCUGUCGGGUCUGGCAGUUUGGACAUUGGGUGGAAGUGACCAUCGAUGAUCGCUUGCCGUGCCUCGGGGGUAAACUCUGCUUCUCCCAGUGUCAGACAGAGGAUUUGUUUUGGCUUCCCCUACUGGAAAAAGCUUAUGCAAAAGUACAUGGUUCUUAUGAACAUUUGUGGGCAGGACAGGUGGCAGAUGCUUUGGUUGAUCUGACUGGAGGAAUUGCUGAAAGAUGGACCCUGAAGUGCCCUGGGAGAAACAUGGAAAAAGGGCAGACUGGCAUGGUUUUGGAGAAAGCACUGUUCAGGAGAUUAAUGAAUCUGAAGGAACAGUGUGUAAUAAGCUGCUCAGUCCUCGAUUCCAGACAAGGUGCAAGUGAACUAGGAGAAUUUCAUGCCUUUAUUGUGAUAGACAUGUUGAACCUGUCUGAAGUGUCAGGCAAGGAAAUCUUCCUACUACGGAUACGAAAUCCUUGGGGGAGGCGGUGCUGGAAAGGACCCUGGUGUGAGGGCGGUCAAGGAUGGAGCCAGCUGGAUCCAGUACUCACCUCAAAACUGCUUUCACAGAUCCAAGAGGGAGAAUUCUGGGUUGAUGAAGAAGAAUUUUUCAGGGAAUUUGAUGAAAUUACUGUGGGUUUUCCAGUCAAUGAGGAAGGACAACUUCAGAGCCUCUAUACAGAGAACGUGCUGUGUCACUCGCAGAAUCUUUUUGGAUCCUGGGUGAGAGGCCAGUCUGCAGGCAGCUGCUGUAACAACAGCAGCUUCCCCACCAACCCAAAGUUCUGGCUGAGAGUCUGUGAGAAGAGUGAGGUGUGCAUUGCUCUGCUGCAGAAACACAGCAAGUACCCUGCUGACUGGGCUGGAAGAAUUAAAAAUCUGACUCACUUAGCAGAGGAAAACCUGUCUUUGACUGAAGGCAUACAGGGGAAGAAUUACCAGGCUGUGGGACUGCAUGUCUGGAAGGUGGAGAAGAAACGAUUUAACCUUCCAAAGACCCUCUCUGCUCCUCCAGUUGUAGGUACCGUCUGCCAUUCCUAUGAUAGAGAAGUGCAUGUGUGCUGUGACCUUUCGCCUGGGUUUUAUCUUGUUGUUCCCAGCACUUUUCUGAAAGAUGCAGUAGGGAAUUUCUUGCUUCGUGUGUUUUCAACAGGAAGGAUCUCUCUCAGUGAGCUAAAGCCACCACCCACAGAUACUGCCCUCUGUGAAGAACUCCCAGCAGGACCAGGAAAAAGUAGUGUGAAAGUUACCCUCCGUCAGCACUGCCAAGACAGCAAGUCUCGCCCAAUAGGUUUCCAUAUUUUCCAGGUGCCUAACAGCAGCUGGAGGCCACAUACUUCCUCUUUUCUACACUUGGAGCCACAGGUUAGCUGUGUGCCUCAUUGCUAUUCACAAGAAGUAAGCCAGCUUUGCAGACUUCCUGCAGGAAGUUACGUAAUUAUACCUUCUACGUACUUGCCCAAUACAGAAGGCAGUUUUACACUGAUUAUAGCAACCAAAAUAGACAGGAAACGCAUUCACAGCCGGGAGACACUUGGACAAGUACUGCAAGAAAUUUCAUUUACAACUGUGAUGAAGAGGUAA